ACAAGAUUUUUGUUUUUUUCUCCUGUAAAAAAGACCUCCCUCCAACUUAAUUAACCAAGAACCCAUAAUCUUCAAGCAUUGAUAUUCAGUAGACGUUUCUCACUAGUUUUAUUGUUUAACCAUUCGUCUUCGCCACGUCACCGUCAUGAAGCUCCCAGACGGGUCAAACAUCUUCACAUGCUCAUUUUGCUGCUGCACUUACGUCGGCUCCCCCUGCGUUCUCGGCCGCUCAUCCCGUCUGGCGUGCCACUCUUGCUCGACGGCCAUAUUCGAUCUCUCCAUCUGCUGGGUAUGCGGCGAGGUGAUCUUCCAGGGGGGAGGGGGCGUGAGUCUGGGUUGGUGUUUCUGGCAUGGAGAUUGUUAUGGGUGUUUAUUGUGCGGGAAUCGUGUGAUUUAUAGGGGGGUGAAGGCGAUGGAUCUUGCUGGGGGGAGAGGGAUUGAGGAGGUUGCGGAGGUGCCUUUGUGUUGGGACUGUGUUAUUGAGAUGGAGGUUGGUGAGGAGAGGGGUGAGGGUGAGAAUGCUGCUUUUUGGGAGGGAUUGAGAGGAGCUGGGGGAGUGACUGGUGGAGGGUUGUUGAGGGAUCGAUGGGAUGGGCGGAGAGCGAAGGGUGGGAGAGUUGGUAGCUUAAUGUCAGGAUGUGCCGUGCGUUAUUUCGAGGCUGGAGCUGUGUAUCAUAUGGGGCGAUGCUAAAGUGUCACAGGUGCGUUUACCGGGCUGCUCGCGCAACAACAAGAGCAGAAGAGAUUGCAGCACAGUUAGGAGGCCUUUGAGCUCGUUUGGGUUUAAUAUUCGGGCCAACGCGUCCGAUCCUAUUGACGGAGGGCCAGUUCGUGUUUACCCUAUUGAACAAAAGUCGAAGCUGCCUCAACCAUCUCGUGUAGGAGGGUCAAGUCGCUGCUUGCCCUUGUACCGGUCCUCAGAGCCAGGUU